GUUUGUGCAAAUAUAUGCGGUCUUGACGUGAGGUUUCUCAACAAGGAAGUAAAUGCACCUAAUUUAUUCAUAAUGCGUUUUCUUAAGAAAGAAGAAGGAUAUGAGUUGCCUAUCGGUGUUAUGAGCUACAGAUAGGACAUAUCGGUGACCCAGGUGAAUGAACAGGAUGGAAAAGUGUUAUGCCGUGCUGUUUCUGCAGUUUCUGCUCGGUUUCCCACGCUUCAUGAACGGUGAGGUUGUUCAUAUCACAGUGCUGACCGUGGGAUACACCAAUAUAGAUACAUCUAACAAUGUGCAGUAUCAAUGUUACCGCAGUGUACCAGAUACAGACGCUACACUAUCAUUUGAUCGAUCAGCACCCAUAACAACAGGCAGGUCACCACCAGGAGAUGUGCGACACUCACAGGGAAAGCCAUUGGUCAGAGUGGUCAAAUUCUCUACAGGAUGGGAUAGUGAUGGUUUCGGUCCUUUCUACUGUGAGGCUUCUAAAUCUGCUCGAGAUGUUACAAGGGUUACUACAUUUUUCCAACGAAGUGAUGCUAAAUUCAUAUCGAGUGAUAGAUUGUUUACAAAGACAGUCAAUGUGAAUGAGACCGGAGUGAUGAUCAGCAUGGAUAGUCGUGUUGAUCCUGAUGAUAGUGACAAUGUCAUUACUUGGAUGAAAGAUGGAAGUGAGGUUCUUACAUCAUUUGGUGGGCAGACUGAGAUCAGCUUCCAAAACCCAAUCCAGACAUCAGACCAAGGAAUCUAUGAGAUCUACUAUGAUACCGAGAGGAGUCAAAAUAGAGGAGGAAUAUACAGACUCAUCGUCAGAGUACAGGUACAUGUAGUUUGA